AUGCACGAUAGUGAGGUGUAUCAUGGAAACCUCCUCACAUCAGACCUCAAAUGGAAUCGAAAAAGGCUAGAAGAAAUCUUACCGUCGUUGGCGUCACAGAUUCAAACCAUAAGACCAAGCACCAAAGGAGCAGAAGAUAUCUUUGUUUGGCAACCUCUGCAAUCAGGAGUGUACUCCGCCAAAUCAGGAUACUCUACAGCCUCAGCACUCAAACAUCAGCACACACCACAAGAGGAGAACCAAGAGUUCCGCUGGGUGAAAGACAUUUGGUCUGGACUCUUCUCCCCUAAACUCAAAGUAUUCCUCUGGUCCACCAUCCAAAAAGCACUCCCAACUGGCGAGAAUCUGCAGAAUAGAGGCAUCACAUCAGAUCUCACGUGCCCAAGAUGUAAGAAAACAGAAACGGUAAUGCAUAUAUUUUUCAACUGUACUUUUGCAAGGAAAGUUUGGGAAGCUGUACCCUUAAGACAAGCGAUCCCCAUAUCUGCGGAGGACACAAUAACAUCGAUGAUGGUCAAGUUCAGAAGAGCCCUAUGCCUCCCACCGACAGGAGUUCAAAACCCAAUCCUUCCCUGGAUCCUCUGGUCCAUAUGGACAGCUCGCAACAAACUCCUCUUCGAAGACAGAAACAUGCCACCUGAGGAGAUCGCAUCAGGAGGGAUUAGGCUUGCGCGAGAGUGGAAUCAAGCACAAGAGCCAAAGAACUCACCAAAGAAGUCAGUAUCUGCUCCAGAGGUGAGCAUCGACGGGAGGACAACGUCUCGAAACCAUAGCGGCGACAGCGCGAUCAUCUGCACAACGGACGCAUCUUGGGAUGCGACAUCAAAGAGGGCCGGCUUAGCAUGGAUCUUCAAGGAAAGCAACGGAACAAUCGCGACCCAAGGAUCAGAAAUCCAACACUCUGUCUCAUCCCCCUUGAUGGCUGAAGCCCUAGCAAUUAGAUCAUCUCUCGUCAUGGCAGUAGAACACGAGAUUCCCAAUCUCAGAAUCUACUCCGACUCACUAACGCUCAUUCGAGCAAUCAACACCAAGAUGCAUGAUAAAGAAAUUUAUGGGAUCCUCUGCGACAUCCAUCAAAUCUCUUCUGUAUUUGGCUCAAUCUCCUUCUCGUUCUUGCCUCGAUCAAAAAACAGAGAAGCGGAUGAGCUGGCUAAACGCUGUCUCCGUUCUUUUUCUUUCAAGUCUUGUAUUGGGCCCAUUGGGCUAAACAAUUAG